UACUGUGUGAUAUUACAUACACGUAGAGAAAUGGCUGAAACCGCUCCAGCUGCUGCCGCCGCGCCGGCCAAAGCACCCAAGAAGAAAUCCGCCGCUAAAGCUAAGAAAACCGGACCAAGCGUGGGUGAUCUCAUCGUCAAAGCUGUUUCGGCUUCCAAGGAGAGGAGCGGCGUCUCUCUCGCCGCCCUGAAGAAAGCGCUCGCCGCCGGUGGUUACGACGUGGAGAAGAAAAACGCUCGCGUCAAGAUCGCCAUCAAGAAUCUCGUGACUAAAGGCACUCUGGUCCAGACCAAAGGGACCGGCGCUUCUGGGUCUUUUAAACUCAACAAAAAGCAGGCAGAGACCAAGGCAAAACCAGCAAAGAAAGCCGCUCCUAAAGCAAAGAAGCCCGCAGCCAAGAAACCCGCCGCUGCCAAGAAGCCCAAGACUGCAGCGACAAAGAAGACCGCCGCUAAGAAAUCACCCAAGAAAGCAGCGAAGAAGCCAGCCGCCACCGCCGCUAAAAAGGCAACAAAGAGCCCCAAGAAAGCAAAGAAGCCAGCGGCUCCUAAGAAAGCAGCGAAGAGCCCCAAAAAAGCAAAGGCUGCUAAACCCAAGACGACAAAGCCCAAAGCAGCUAAGCCUAAAAAGGCAGCGCCCAAAAAGAAAUAAAGUCAGACUUUAUAUUUACUAAAAAGGCUCUUUUAAGAGCCACCCACCAGCCCUUUAAAGAGCAAUGUUUCAAUAUGUGUAAUGUUUUUUGCAGUUCAUUUUCAGAAUUUGAUUUAUUAAAACAAUCAAUACUUUAUAAAGUCGUGCUUCUAAUAAGAAGUCUCUAAAAUGUUUACUUAAGUGCCACACAGAUUUUGGAGCGUCUCUGCCAUAAGAAGGCAUUACAUUUUUAAUUAACUUGAGUAUUAAAGUUAAAGACGCUUUGUAUUUAUGAAGUGCAGUAGAGUUUACAGAUGUAAGUAAAAGUUAUUGCAGCAUAUAAACACGGAUACAGUACAAAUACUUGUAUUUUGUUCCCGAGUAAAGUAAAAAUACUUCACUAUGUUUCAC